AGCUUUGUGUUAAAAGAAGUAGACACAGACAGGGGCUUGUGGGCUGAUCUCAUAAAGAGGCGAACUAGCAGCCUCUAACUUUUAAUCACACUUCACACCAAAGAGAAGCCACGAGUCAGAGAGGAGAGCGUUUAAUCAGCGCUGCGAGGAAGGUGAGACACUCAGGUCACACACAGACAAGACAAGUGUUUGAAGUUUAGAGAGUCUGCUGGUUCCAGUAAUGAGGAGCAUCCUUGGAGAUGUCAACGCUGGGUGACCCAACAAGGCUUCUGGAACUGUGAGAAGCUGCGAAGGUAAAGCUCCUGGCUGCAGUAUGACUGAGAAGAGGCACUAACAUCUGAGCAGCUGCAGACGCCCCACACAGAAAGAGAACAGGCGCAUCUAGAGCGAAACCAAUCCGAAAAGACACACCUGGUGAAAAUGGAGUCCGCUUUCUCGCGGGUGAUGUGGGAAACUGAGGGAGAAGCCGAAGAGCUCUCUCCAAGAGGACUGGGAUCGCGUCGCAAACGGGAAUUCAUACCUGAAGAAAAGAAAGACGCAACCUACUGGGAGAAACGCCGCAAGAACAAUGAAGCGGCGAAGCGCUCGCGAGAGAAACGAAGGGUCAGCGACUACGUGUUGGAGACUCGAUUGGUUUCGUUGAGUGAGGAAAACGCUCGCCUGCGAGCCGAGCUGUUGGCUUUGAAGCUUCGAUGCGGUUUGCUUAACCCUGGGACGCCCUAUUCCCCAUCUCAUAGGGCUCUGUCUCAGCUUCACGCUUUGGCGCCGCAACCUUUGAUUUCUUGCCCAGACAAAGACCUCUACUGGAGUAGACGGCAAGAUAGAGAGGGUUCUCAUCUAUCGGGGAGCCAACAAGCACCCCUCUGUCUUGGCACCCAUCCCGGGUCGGCGUUCCUGCCUACCCAUCCCAUGGCCAUACGAAGAAACCACCCAUAUCUCCUAGACUUCCCCAGUCUCCAUUCUUCUACAGCCUCACCUUUACUCUUGCCUCCACACCUCGCCCCAGCAGCAGCUCCUUGGGCAGGACGGCCCCUGCUGUCCCAGCCUGGGAAUCAGAGGAUCUUGUCGGACGAGGAGGGCGAGCAGCAGGUGCCAGCGGAUUCCAGCACCGCCCUGCCCCAUAAACUACGACUGAAGACGCAAAACUCUCAGCGCAAAGAUAGCAGGGCUAAAUCCGCAUCUCCAAAUCCAACAUACAUAUCAGAUUGAAAUCUAGCUUUGACCCGGUAGUUAUGAGUCAUCCUACUCAUUUUUGAUAACUGAACAUUGGCUAUAUUCCAGGAAGUUUGUUGCAAACCAUCAUGAUAAAAAAAUAUUUCUUUGAUCAAAAGGUCACAUAUUUAGAUUAUGUUUCCGAGAUACAUUUAUAGAGUCAAUAUUUCCAUCAUUGAGGUUUAAAGUGGCAAACUUUAAUUGGGAAAAAAUGCAUAUGUGUUUACAAAUCUUCGUUUUAACUUUAAUAUAGCCAGGAAAGUAGGGGGUAAGGGAAAGAGAACAGAAUUUUCGGAAUUGAAGAAGGAAUUUACCAAAGUUGGACAAGAACCAUUUACUUAUUUUGUGAAUGCAUUUAUGUAUACAUUUACAUUUGUGUAUUUGGCAGAUGCUUUUAUCCAAAAGCAUUGCAUUCACAUUUUAUAAUUCAUGCAUUCCCUGAAAAUUGAUCUUUGGUGUUGCUAUAGUCAUGAUCCAUUGUUUGAUCUAAAGGAAUGCUAGCUAGCUAGUUUUAUUCAGAAUAUAACCUAUGUCUGAUUUAAUUUCGCCUCUGGAGUCAGACUGACAUUUAAACAUAUGCCCGAUGCUUUAAGCAACUGACGUUGCAAUCAAACUAUACAUUUGAUCUUUUCACGCGUUCCAUUUUAAUAAAGCAUUGUAUUACUAAUUUGAGCUACGGAAUGGUUACUUUUGAGACCUCAAAGCGGCUAUUAAGAAAAUUAAUUAAAAACAAAACAAAAGGCAGAACUGAAAAAGGAGUUGGAUUUGCACACAUGCUAAAAUAUUGUAGUUGCAAACUAAUACUGAUGCCAGAUACUUUCAAAAUGUGAAUAUGUGCGUCUGAGAUGCCGUAAACGGUAACUUGUUAACCAGCAAUCAGAUGCAUGCAAAUGAAAACAAAUGAGAUUUUAGGGAAAAUCACCUCACCUCAAAGAGUCUGAAGAGGAUCUCUCUGGAAUCCCUUGAUCCAGAUGGUGAAGGCGGCAUGUUUGUACUUUUAUUCUUGUCUUGUCAUGUGACUUGUUUAUAUAGCACCUGUGUUUGGAAAGGCGUUCAUGCACAAAGUAAGGUCAUCUGUGACAUCUGUGGAAACAAUUGUUUGCUUGCUACUCGAAAGUUCAAGCGGUGAUCACACAAUAAGUGGCCUGUGUUUUCUGCAAAGACUUUUCAAGAAAUUCAAACUGUAUAUUAUGACCCAGUGCAAGACAUGAACAUGCAGUGCCUUCACAGAGUAUACCUGCUGUAAAAUAGUUUUAAUUCAAUCUCAUGAUUUCUUUUUAACUGCACAAUGUGUUUUGUAAAUAAUUACACAGCGCUGAUCUUUGAUGAUGAUGAACUCUUGUUCAAUUCACAGCAUACGGUUUUCAAAAAAUGCACAAACAAGGUCCGCUUUUAGAGACAAGUAUCUAAAAUAUGGACUGAAUGCUCAAAAAACCAGCAAAACUUGCUUAUUUUGCAUAUAUGCAUUUAACAAAUUUUUUUUUGCUACUUUUUGUCAUGUAUUAUUGAACUUGUGAUUAUGGUGUUGCUAGUGUCACAGCUAAGCUACACGAGUACUUAAAUCACAUGUAUUUUAAAAAAAGAUUUACUUUUAUUUCAGUCUUUUGUUCAUCUGCAUUAAGUUGUAUGGUCUUCAGAAUGAUAUAAUUUUUACAAUAAAGUGCAAAUAAAAAUCUCA